AAAAACGAAAGCUGAAAGUAACUUUUAUCACAAAAAUUCUCAAAAAUGUGUUCGCAACAAGAGACACCUAAAAAUAUUAAUGAAGCUACAAGUAUCCCGAAACAGGGAACCCAGACUCAACCUGGAGUCACGCAUGAAAUGAAACCUUUUCCUGUGGUUCAUCACUUACCACAGGGGGAGGAUGAUCAUCUGGAAGAAUAUCAACCUGCUAAUAAAUUGAAAAACAAGAUUGCAUUGAUUACUGGAGGAGACAGUGGUAUCGGACGUUCGGUUGCUUGUUUGUUCGCUUUGGAAGGAGCUUCCGGAAUUGCGAUUACUUACCUUCCUCGUGAAGAAAAGGAUGCGCAUGAAACAAAAGAAAGAAUCGAAAAACAAUCGAAAACCGAAAUUUUGUUAAUAAAUAAGGAUGUUGGAUACGAAGAAAACGCAAUUGAUAUCAUCAACCAAGUUGUUAAGAAGUGGGGAAGAAUUGAUAUUCUGGUGAACAACGCUUCUGAACAGCAUUUGACAAGUCGUAUUGAGGAUUUAUCUUCUGAACAAUUGGAACGAACUUUUAGAACAAACAUUUUUGGCAUGAUUUAUCUUGCGAAACACGCAGUUCCACAUAUGAAAAAAGGUAGUACAAUUAUCAAUACGACUUCUGUCACCGCGUACAAAGGAUAUGCAACUUUGCUUGAUUAUUCCUCAACCAAAGGAGCGAUUGUCUCCUUCACCAGAUCUCUUUCUCAGCAUUUGACCGAACGCGGAAUUAGAGUCAAUGCCGUAGCACCCGGGCCAAUUUGGACUCCGCUUAUUGUUGCAUCUUUUCCAACUGAGGCAAUGGAAAAAUUUGGAAAAGAAACUCCCUUGGGAAGACCUGGACAGCCAUCUGAAGUUGCGACAAGUUAUGUUUUCCUUGCUAGUAGUGAUUCAAGCUAUAUCACCGGACAAGUUCUCCAUCCAAAUGGAGGAACAAUUGUCAACUCUUAACUUUGAUAUAAUCGUUUCACAAAGUAUUGUGUAGUACGAAAUAUAAUAAUAAAUAAAAAUGGUUUUUUUUGACUCCGACAAAUGAAAAUUUUUUUU